AUGCCGAGCAUUUACAGAGGGUGUCUCCGAGUCAUUGAAGAGCAGACCCUCCUCGCUAAUAAGAACAAAUGUGUUUUUGGGAUACCACAGGUGGAAUACUUGGGACACAUCAUUUCAGCAGUAGGAGUAGCCUCUGAUGCGGCAAAGACGACAAAAAUGUUGAAAUGGCCAGCUCCACAGUGUGUGAAAGAACUCAGAGGAUUCUUGGGAUUGCCCAAAAAUUUGCCAGAGGAUAUGGAGUUAUUGCACGACCCUUGA